AUGCACACGGCUAUUGACAUUGAUGCAUCACUUCGACGCAUUUGGGAGCCGGAUGUCAACCAAGAACUUCAUCGCAAACCAGAGAACGAUGAAGUUGAACAGCAAUUUUUGAAGACACACACAAGGGACCCCAAGGGGCGUCACAUCGUCGAACUUCCGUUUAAAGACCCCAAUAAGCAGUUUUCGGAUACUCUUCAGGGAGCACUCGCAAGAUUCAAUGGAGUAGAACGCCGUCUAAUGCAAGAUCCCAAUUUGCGCUCACAGUAUGUAAAGUUUAUGCAUGAGUAUCUCAACUUAGAUCACAUGCAAGAACUAUCGCCAGAAGACAUUGACAAGAAACCAAAUUUCUACUUGCCACAUCAUCCAAUAAGCGCGGUUGUGAACUCAAUACCGUUGUGCUAUACACCUGACACUGACCUCACAUACUUGUCGCCAGCCCACUAUCUUAUUGGACGCCCAUUUACAACUGUUCCAGAGGGUGAUCUAACUCAUUUGCCAAUCAAUCGCAUGGACUAUUGGCAACAUUUGCAAUCCAUGUAUCGAGGAUUUUGGAAACGCUGGCACCAGGAAUGCUUAACAUCGCUACAGCAACGUCACAAGUGGAAAAGCAAAAAACGCAACAUUUCAGUGGACAACUUCGUGCUUGUAAAGGACUCAAAUCUUCCACCAGCAGCUUGGCAACUAGCCCGUGUGUUAGAAGCUCAUCCUGGACCAGAUGGAUUUGUGCGCGCCGUGAAACUUAAGACAUCCACCGGAAAGAUGACUAGACCUAUCACCAUGCUAGCAGUAUUGCCUAGUUCUGAAACCGUGUUUCAGGGCGGCCCGGGAUGUUGA